AAAAAUGUGAAAAUGGAAACAUUCUUGUGGAAACAUCUGAUGAUGCAGCUCAGAACGGCAGAUACAGCAUUAAAUAUGAAAACAAAGGUGUUACCUCAUCUGAUAUUAUGUAUGUGAGCAUCACACAGCUGAACCAGUCUGACUCAGGACGGUACAGGUGCUCUUUGGUCAGAGACUGGAGGCCAGAUGGAAACGAUGAUUUUGAGCUGAUUGUCACAGCAGCUUCAACCACUUCAACACCAAACGGGACUCUGAGACCUUUUUCAGCUUCAGUGUUUCUCUCAUCAGCCUCCACACCACCAACAACACAGAGUUUAAGCUCAGCUUCAGGAAGCUCCACACCUUCAUCAGCCUCCUCUGGAAGUUCAGCUCUUGCAGAUGUGCUGCUUUAUGUGCGGCUGGUUCUGGUCGUUGUCAUCAGCAUCUUUUUAGGAUCUUUGCUGAUGAAGAGGAGAGCCGUUAAACCCAGAGGACCUCCUGUGGAAUCUGAGCGUGCUGACAUCACACAGGACAACCAGUUGUGUGAAGAGAUCAGAGAGGAGGACAGACAGAGCAGCUCACCUCCUGCAGGAGUGUCUUCAGUGUACGCUACACCAAAAGCCUCCAACCAGAUGGAGAUGUAAACACAGACCUCUGCAGCCUCUCCACCUCUGCUCACAACAAAGUAAAACUGUGGUCUGAUUUUAAGCUCUUUGAUUUUUACUAUAUCAUCUCUUUCUGCCAGCUAAUAUUAAUGAUGAGGAAUGCACAAAGUCAAUGUAGACUGUCUGGUCCCAGUUUAUUAGGUACA